AUGCUUUUUGACAUGCAUGGAUGCAUAUCCACAAGAAGCAGGCUCAAAGCCCCAGCGAGUGUCCAGCCAGCCGCACAGCCAACUCCCAUCGCAAUCAUGGCCCGCAGCUCAAGCCUCUUGGUGCUGGCCGUGGUGGCAUGCGCGACCUACAUGCUGCUGCCGGGCGAGAGCUUCACCGCUCCUCAGGCACUUCGCGGCAGCACGCAGCGUGAGGCGGGAGCCUUGGCUCAGGCACCCACCUUCCAGGAGGGCCGCGUGCUGGAGGUGAGCAUGGCCGCGACGGGAGGUGAGCCCCAGAGGCUGAACCUGGUCUUCAUCGGCCUCCUGGCGGGCGGUGCCGCCAUUGGCCUCCUGUCCGUCUUCUUCUACGGCGCCUACUCCGGCGCCGGCAGCGGCCUGUGA